CCCAACCCAUAACAUGGAACGCAAUACUCUUUGGGAGUUUCAUUUUCUCAACAAUUCAUGCACCAUUGGGUUUUCGUGUGUCUGCAAACUCAAUCCAGAUGCUACUUUUGGUGUAUUGCAUUUUAGCAGAAGCAGAAGCAUUGUCUGAUUGUGCUGUUAUGUGGGGUUCAACUCAGAUCCCUGCUCUUCUGUUUGUUUGUGGAUGGGCCAUUGUUCCGGUGCUGCUUAUCGCCUCCAUCAUCGCGGGGCUGAAGUAUUCACGCUUCUCUCCAAAAUAGAUUGCAUUUGUUGUCUUCAAAUGGCUAGAAAAUUUGAUUUGAUCAAAGAUAUAGAUGACAAGAAAGAGACUUUGAAGCUUGCUGUGAGAGUAAAGGAUUUGUGGUUCGUUGAAAACCGGGAUACGAAUCGUCAUAUGGAGUUGAUUCUUUUGGAUCAGAAGGGAGAUAUGAUUCCUGCAAUGGUAAAAAAAGAAGAUAUAGGUUUGUGGGAACAGAAGUUGGUUGAGGGUCAUACCUACAUAAUGCAUAAUUUUAAGAUCAUGAAGAACCAGGGACAAUUUCGUGUUUGUGACCACCCUUACAAGUUAUUGUUCAUAGGUGCAACAACUAUAAAAGAUCAACCAAUAUCAAGUAUUCCUCUAAAACAUUUAUAAUUUCAAAAGUAUCGAGGAUAUAGUUGAUGGAAAAUUCUCUGCUGAUUUGGUUUAUGGUACGUACAUAUACUAAUGCUUUUUUACUUCACCCUAUACAAAUUUAAUAAUUUUGUUUGCAUGCUAAUAUUGGUUUUAGAUGUUAUUGGAGUGGUGGAUAAUGUGAGGUGUAAUCCCCAGUCCAAGAAUGUUGUAUUUCAUAUAAGGGAUUUAAGUUCUGCUGUUAUUGGGUGUACCUUGUGGGAUUCCUAUUACUUUAAAUUUAUGAGUAAUUGGAGGGGAGAAGCAGAUUCCUUUGUUGUUGUUGUUAUGUUGACUCAAGCUAAGAUCAAACCGUCUUCAGGACGGUGGCCAGUGUCAAUAUCAAAUUCGUGGAAUGGUUCGAAGUUGUUUAUGGGUGAUGAAUGUUCUGAAUUGGUCCGGUUCAAGGAACAAUGGAUACAACGUUUUGGCAAUGAAGUUAGUCAAAGUCAAGAAGCUAGCGAGUUGAGUUCACCGUCUCAAUAUACUGAACAUGAGAAAUUUAUGUAUAAAGCUGUUGUCAGUACAAUAUCCGAAAUCACAACAAUGAAGGAGGAAGUGUAUUGUGUUACUGUUGCAACUACCGUCAAGUUUAAUUUAGGGAAUGAUGGAUGGUGUUAUCCAGUAUGCAAUGGUUGCAGGAAGAAGACUGAAGAGAUAGGUGCUUUUAAGUGUGUCAUGUGUGGGUUUAAUAAUGGAAAACCUGGAAUUAGAUAUAAGUUGGAAUUACAGGUCUGUGAUGGAGACAGUUAUGCGAAUUUCGUCAUGUGGGAUCAAGACUGUACUAACUUGAUUGGUGUAUCAGCUGUUGAGUUAAUGAAUAAGAUGAUUGAGGAUGGGGAGGAUGAUCCGAAAUGUUUUCCAGAGGAUCUUGAUGUUAUGCUGGGAUGUACUCUAGCAUUCAAGGUUAGAGUUCAACCAAAAAACAGAUCUUCAUCGGUCAUGAAAGCUUCAAACAGUCUUGAAACCAUUGCUUUUAUUAGAAGUAAACUUGAGUCAAAGAUGAAUAAUAAAGAGUCCAGCGGUGAAGCUAUGUCUGAUUCCAGUACCGAGGAAAAUUCUAAGGCCAGAGACCAGAUACAAAUGGGUAAACAGUCUUCUCAUGUACCUGUUUGUGACUCUAACAACCAAAAUGAAUCCUUUCCCAUUAUUGCUUAUGAGUCUCAGACAGAUGUGAUUAAUAAGGAGUCCAGUCCCACAGAUACAUGUGGUUCCAAGAUGAAAUCUAUGGCAGUUGGUCUGAUUAAAAGUGGAUCUCGUGGAAAAAAUAUUAAAGAAUCCAGUCCCACUGCAAUAUAUGGGUCCAGUACACAAUCGAAAGCUACAAAUCUGAUAAGAACUGGAUUUCAUGGAAAUAAGGUUAAAGAGUCUGAUCCUGUUGAUCUAAGUCCCUGCAGUACGCAAUCUAAAACACUUGCUUCCACUAAAACUCCAAGUCAUACAGGAAAGAUUAAAGAACCUAGGUGUAAUAAAAAUACCGAAGCUGACAAUGCCAUGUUGACUGUGAGUGGUUCAGAAGAUCAUGAUCCUUAUAUUGAUUUUUGUGUUACCCCUACAAAGGACUUAUUGCUGGACUUUGAAGUUGAUUGCGACCACCUUGAAGAUAUACCAAGUGUAGAAUUUUCGAGGUCCAAGACUAAGAAACGAAUGAAACAGGAAAAACAUUAAUUUGGGCCACUGCUGUUUGUAAUUAGACAUCUAUGUAAUAUAUAUAUAUAUA